CUACUACGGUAUAGAAAGCAGGGGCUAGGUCUUAAGUUUUCCUCAUGCAUCAUUAGAUGAUUCAUACAGUAUCAGCGUCAAGAUGUCGGGACGUUCAGGCCGCGCUGAGACCCGGAGUCGCGCCAAGGAUGACAUUAAAAAGGUUCUGGCUGCAAUCGAGAAAGUGCGCAAAUGGGAGAAGAAAUGGGUGACAGUUGGAGACACGUCCUUGCGCAUAUUCAAGUGGGUGCCAGUGACAGAAACAAAGCAGAUCUAUCGCACCAAAUCUACUGGUGGAGAAGCCAGAGGGCUAAAAGACGUGGUCCUUGAAAACACUAACUCUUUGCCAGAUUUGACUGAUGAAAACAGCAACCAGAGCUAUCUGUCUGAUGUUUACCAUCCUAAAAUGGAUAACAGCAGCAGCAACUCUAGCUCGCAGCAGGUUAGCCCUCCCCAUACCUCUAGCCUCCGAACUGAAGACUCCCAACCACCAAUGCUUGGUCAAGAGAGUGUAGAUGAUCCAGUUCACUCUGGACAGGAUGGAGCAGAUGAGCCCCCAACUCUGAUCAAGGAGGACCUUCUGUCAUCAGGAAGUGCCAGACGAAGCGCCAUACACACACAGGAGGAGUCUGAGGAAUCAGGAGCACCUCCUUUAAAGAAGAUUUGCACAGGAGAAAAUGCAGUGUUAAGAUAGUUUACAAUGUGAAGAAACCUAUCCAUAGUUAUUUUCACUUCAGCUAAGUGUUCAACGUUCAGGUUUUAAGGCUUUGUUGUAUGCUUCACAUACACUCACCUUGCACUUCAUUUGGCACGCCUGCACGAUCUAUUCUAUGCUCUAUGCACACAUUAUUUGUACUAGUAUUAGAUUCACAAUCAAGUGGGAAGAUUUUAUGCAACAGUGUUGGUUUAGUGCCUUGCGUGUGAGUACCUUGUCAAUUAUUUGGAAGUGGGCAAGCAUCGCUCUAUCAAAUACUCCAAACUUCCACAUUUUGGGCCACAGCAGGAUUGGAAUCUUUGACUGUCUGCUUCUCACAGAACGCCUGAUGCUCAAAUGUACAUGCAGGGACGAGAUAAAAAUUGUUAGAUUAAAAAGGAACCACGAAUGAGAUUUUGUUUGACCACAUUUGUAAUAUUUGAAGACUACUUUGUUUUUCCUGUUUGUCUAUUUACUUAAACCCAGAAUGCAAAUGUCACUCUGGGAGGGGAUGAUAGCUGGCUAUGAACUAAUAUUAAAGCAAUGCAGUCUAGUCGAAGAGAUCAGCCUUUAUGGUGAGAUAAGAUGCUAAGCUAUUUUCAAAUGUCAUUUAAUAGUCCAGUAUUAUUGUAGUUCACAGCACUUUAAAGAUGAAUUACAUCAUAAAAACAGGCAAUUGUGGCAUUGUGGUCUUUACUGCACUAGAUUAGAGACACCUCUGUGAUGGAAGAAUUUUAACACUGCAAAUUGCAAUCAGCAGUUAAACGUGUAUUUGGCACUGUACAAAAAAACGAGCAUUAUUUUCUAUGUGAAGACAUUUUCGAUUCUGGUCAUUAGAUUGUGCAACACCUAAUAUUGUGGUAGGUGAGUGUAGAUGGAACAAGCAGUGCUAUUCAUUGCUGUACUGAAUUGACAACGCAACAUUCCCUGCUAAUGUUUAAGCGUGUUGACUCAUUUUUAAACUGAUGAACAUGGGCAGUGAACUGUGCUUGGUAUUUACGUAUUGUAAAAGACACUUUUUGAAACUAUAGCUGUAAGUGUACUUUUAUGUUCUUGACGUUUGGCUUUGUGUAUUUCCAAAUCAAUGUGCAUUGUUGUUUUUAGUCACAGUACAUUUUGAAAAUGACAAAUGUGGAGCUAAUGCUUUUAGACAUAUUAAAACUAUGGGUGAGCACAUCUUUUUGGCUUAAGAUCAAAAUGCUUUGUAAAAAAAUAUUUAUUACUGUAUCAAAUUUGCGCUUGUCUAAAGAAAUGCUUUAACCAUAAUAAACUGGCUUCAUUUCAACUAAA